GAUGUCGCCCGAAAUGCCUGAAAGUCAGUUAGAUGCAUCCGGCUCAUCUAAUGCCGAUGUGCUGAUUAUUGGCGGUAGCCACGCUGGACUAUCUGCUGCAUUGACUUUAUAUCGAGCGUUGUACACGUCGAUCAUCUUCGACACGCAAGAGCCGUGCAAUGAUCGAUGCACUCCGACGCGGCUUACCCCGACAUGGGAAAACAAAACGACCGAUGAAAUGAGGGA